GUACCGUCACCACCCAACCCCACCAAGUGAGUGGUGUUUUGGGGGGGUCCGUGUUACUCUCCCCAACUUUAUCCCUCAACGAGACAGUGAAGAAGAUCGAGUGGAGCUUUUCCACCAGUACUGGUGCCACCAUUCAAAUAGCAGAACUGGGGCUCGAUGGUUUGGAACGUCCAGAUCCUCAAGAUCGAUUUCAAAAUCGAUUGGAAAUGUUCAACCAGACGACGUUGAAGAUCCAAAACCUGCAACGAGGUGACAACGGGAUCUACGGGGCUCGGCUCAAACUUCUCCCAGCCUUGGUGAAGGAUCAAGUCUUCAAUCUUUCCAUCUAUGGGUCGGUGCCAACACCAGAGAUUCGAUAUCAACAUCUCUCCCUCAGCACCCAAGGGUGCAACGUCACCUUGAGGUGUUGGGUGCCGGCUGGUAGCGAUGCUGAGCUCACCUGGCAGCUCAACAACUCCUCAGGGACACGGUGGGGACAACUCUGUGAGGACAGAUGGACACUGUGCUUGGCUGUACCCACCAACUCCUUCAAUUCCAGCUACACCUGCGUGGCCAAAAAUCCCACCCAGGAGAAGAAUGUCACCAUCCAGCUGGACACCCUGUGCUGGCAGCAGG